AUGUCGCCGCGUAUCGUUCGCCUUGCCUACCGAGCAUCAAUCUUCCCUGGAAGCAUCUGUGCUGCCUAUGCUCGCCGCCGGGCAGUAGUUGCUGGACUGAAAUUCACGCCACCUCCAGUUCAUUCUCGCACCAAAGGCACAAUGGCGGACCAGCAGGUCAUCUUCACCAAGGACGCCCCUGCCCCUGUUGGCCCCUACUCCCAGGCCGUCAAGACGCCUACCGCCAUCUACUGCUCCGGUCAGAUCCCACUCAAACCCGAUGGCACCAUGGUGGAGGGCUCCAUCGCCGAUAAAACCACGCAGUGCUGCCAAAACCUCGACGCGGUCCUGAAGGAGGCUGGUUCUUCCAUCCCCAAAGUUGUCAAGUGCAACAUCUUUCUUUCCGACAUGGCCCACUUUGAUGAGAUGAACUCUGUCUACGAAAAGUUUUUCGCCCACAAGCCAGCUCGCAGCUGUGUUGCGGCCAAGACUCUCCCCAAGAAUGUUGAUGUUGAGAUCGAGGCUAUUGCCCUUCCGUAA